AUGUGCCUUUCUCUUAAAGGAAAGGGGGUCAAAGGAGGCCCACACAUUGCAUUAGGAGCAAUAAUGCGGGGGGCCACAAGACCCUUGCGCUACCUGUGUCCCACUGGCGUUCUGAUGAAUUUUUUUCCUCUGGGAAUGUAUAGUGGUCCAAUAAACGCACAUGUUUUUCUACCAAAUAACAAUCUGGAUGGUAGGGCGACAAAUCACAUGAAAAAGAUUGAUGGAUUGACGAAGGACCCACAGCUUGUCUUUUCUCGAAACGAUUUGAAGCUCCAGUGCGAGUAUUGUCGGUUUCAGUGGGUCCACGACACACUUUGUGUGCGUUGCCCUGCUCAGCCAAAUCACAAUAAGCGCGAGAUGUGGUUGCAGCCAACGUGGAUGUGGGGGAAACAGCAGCCAUACCAGUACUAUAAAUACAUGCCAGCGGUACGCAACCCCAGGACAGGUAUGCCUUUGGCUCGUGAGGAUGCAAGCGGUAUGAACAACGAGAGACGUGGGCAGGGUCUAACCACGAAAACACUCAAUAUCGAGAAGGAGAGACGGGGUAUCUCGAGAGCAGUGAGCAAUAUUGGAAAAUACAACACCCGCUGGCAGACUCGUUUUCCCUUUCCAGCGUAG